CGUCCCCGAAAACCCUGCCUAUAAGUUGCCGUGCAAUCUUUGCUCGAGCAGGGGAUGAUAGAUACAGAGAUAUAGCUGACGAUUCCGAGAAUAACCUAACCAGCGAAAAGGCCAAUGGCGAGGAAGUACAAAAGGGCGACAGCGCCGCUGGACGAGACGGCAAGAGCGCGGCUGUGGCAGGAGGUGAGUAGCUGCGUGUCAGUGGAGUCCACCACCUCCGAUACGGCCGAGUUGGCGGACCUGAUCGACUCGUUCUACAACGAGGAGGAGAUCGACGAACGGAAAGGCAAGUACGGCAUGGGAUCUGAGAAGGGAGGUUAUCUUACGAGGAGGUCGCUGGACUCCGUGCUGGCGGAGUCGGAAGCCGACAUGGUGGGACACCGGAUCCGAGUCGCGGCCGAGCGGGGGGUUAGCGCAGUCUCGCCGGCAGGAGACGGCUUCAAAAGGCGAGUUAUCGGUUGGCUCCGAGACAAAGGAUUUGAUGCCGGGCUGUGCAAGUCGUCAUGGGAGAGAGCUGAGCGGAUCCAGGCCGGCACCCACGAGUACAUCGACGUGAUCGAUCGAGGAGGAGGUACGCGCUACAUCUUGGAGAUCGACUUGGCCGCCGAAUUCGAGAUUGCCCGACCGACCCAGGACUACACUGCGCUCCUCCGGGCGUUGCCGUCGGUGUUCGUGGGAAGGCCGGGCGCGCUGGAGAGCAUCGUGAGCCUCAUGUGCGUGGCGAUGGAGGAGUCCAUCAGGAGCUCCGGCAUGCACCUGCCCCCAUGGAGGCGAAAGGAGUACGUCCGAGCGAAGUGGUUCAGCUCCUUCGGAAGGAAUUCUGCUGCCGGUGGGGAGGCCGACAGAGGUGCAGCGUCGAGGUCCGGUACUGCGACGACGAAGCCUUGUAGGAUAGAAUUGCGUUGCAGAGAGGUGAAGGUCCGCGAGGGAAUGCUGGCUGAGGAAUUCAGAGGCACGUUAAAUGGAUAUGGCUUUUAGCAUUCAAA